AUGUACUCCUCAUCACCGAUGGAGCAGCGCGACAGCCGCAUAGAAAUUCUCAGUGUAGGCGAAGAUGAGUCCACCCCAACGGAGUCGCGCGAAAAGCCGCCUGCAUUCGCCGAGGCGUGCUGCGACGACGAUGAGGACGAAGCCGCGGAGAUCGCGGACUCCUGCCUGCGGCUAAACAAGUUCUUUCACGAACUCUUUCCGGACAGGCAAGUGGCGACCUGGAUGUCCAUCCACGCCGUCAUCAUCCUGGUAUACGCGCUCUUCAACUUCAACGCGUACACAGUCUUCCUCCAGAGCCAGAAUGGCGUUAUUAACUUCAACAUAAACAUGAUAUGGUGCCUUUUGUUCAUCUGGGCGGGGAAUUUGGUCAUGUACAUUGCUACCAUGAUCAUCAGGUACCUACUGAUCAACCUGCUCGUCAACCUACCCUGCUCGCGUAACGCAUACGUGUUCGCCUCGAUCAGCAUGCUUGACCCAACGAUCUUCUACCUGCUGUGGGCGGCUACGCAGUCGGUGAUCUGGCAAAUCCUGGUCUCUAGACUGAAGGAUGAGGCGCACAUGUUCUGCAUCGAAACUCCGUUUUGGUAUGAUUUCACGCACAAGUACCUGAUCUUCCGGGAGGACGCUAUGGUGUGGAUCACGUGUGCCAUACACGUUCACCUGAUUCUGGCCAUACGGAGCUUAACACUGGCGGUCAUAUCGUUCACCUUCGAACUCAACCUGCUCGUGAACUCCAACGAAGCGCUGAAGAAGUACCUCAAGCUGUACACCAACAUCAGGAAGUUCAACAUCGAUUGGCUCGCGCUGGUCAUCUCCAAACCGGAGCUCGUCAAGCGGCUGAAGAAAGCGUUAUUGCUCAAACAACACGACGGCAAGAUGCUUAAUGACGCGCAGAGUAACAGUGACCGGAUCACCGAUUUCAAGAAUCAAAAUGCGCUGCACAUACUGCACGAGGCCCAUGAGACGGCCUACAUGCAGUACUUCAGCACCAAGGAGGAUCUCAGUGUGCCUUCAGACACAACCGACGCGAUGAUUGAUCAGUCUUCCACCUCCGCUUUCGCCAACUGGUUGCUCAUCUACUACGUCGUCAGAGUGCCACCGGUGAUCUCGUUGAUACGCGAGGACAUCGUUCUCAGGGGGCGCGCAGAAAUCGAGACCUGCGCCGCGAUGUUGUUCGAGCAGAUGUAUAUGACGCUGAAUGAAAGAGCGAGUUCGGGUGGAGAAACGGAUGAUUUGCAAUCGGAUGCCGAACCGCGUGGCGAGUUGACGCAGGCCAAAGACUCGAGUGAGGAGGAUAACAUUGACAGUCCGGAGAUGGCAACAACCGCAGCGCCUGAACUUGGUGACAUGGGAGCUCCCGAGACCAAUGAUGCAGUGGACCAGAGCGUGUCAAAGAGCCCCGCCCUGGGGGCAACGCCGUCUGACGACAACGCCGCUGCGAAAGCGGUCGAAGAACGUAGCCCGUCCAAUGCAAAACCAACGGUGGUAAGGAUCGUGGAACCACCGCGGGGCCCAUCGCAUGGGCAUCAUCAGAUGGCACAAGCAUCUGAACCAUCGCAACAAGCAACGACCAGCAUGUUCAAAGUCUGCACAAGCCCGUCGAAGGUCAGGCUCAGGAACCAUCGCACGAUAUCUAUGAUGCACCUAGAGCAGUUCAGGAACAGUUUGUUGGAGAGUGAGGCAAGUCAGGAAUUUCCGGACCAAAGCACCACUGCCGAUUACCAAUUCCACGUCAUUGACGGCUAUGAUUCGCGUUUCAUUUGCAUGGAGCAGAUGAGGUCGUUCCUUCUGCCGAAGGAGUGCGACACCAUCAUGAGCCUGCUUGAUCUGUCACGCCACGGUAAGAUCAACCAGUCCAUGUUGCAGCAGGCGCUCUUAAACCUGUUUUCCACGCAGAAGAAGUUCACAAACACCAUCAGAGGACAAGACAGUGUGUUCAAGGUGCUAUCCAGGCUGUUGUCAGUGGCUACGUGGGUGCUGGCUAUAGUCACCAUGGCGUUCCUAGCCGGAAUAACGGCCGAGGCCAUCGUAGUAUCGGGCGCAGCUCUGCUGUCGGCUCUGACGGUCGCGCUGAGCUACCUGUACACGAACUUCGUGACUUCGGUCAUAUUCGUCGCAUUUUCCAACCCGUACAACGUCGGCGACCGAGUGCGCCUCAACGACGGGGAACCGCUCACCGUCAGGAAAAUCCGCACCUACACCACAGAAUUCGUCACAAUGCUGGGCAAGGUUGUGGUGUACCAAAACGCGGUGCUGUCGACCAUGAAGAUAACGAACGAGAGCCGCUCUUCCAAGGCAACGGUGAACUACCAGUUCAAGGUCGACGCCGAGACCACGGAGGAGCAGCUGGUUGCCAUCGAGUCGUACCUCAAAAACGCGUGCAACAUGAGGCCCAACGACUUCGUCAAGGACAGCUGCAUCGUGUUCUACCUAGGGUUCAACCCGGGGCACUGCUUCGACAUCAGCGUCUGGGUCACCUGCGUCGAGAGCUGGGGGAAUUGGCAGCGUAUCUAUCUGCUAAAAGGCGAGCUAUUAGAGCUCACGCUGCGCCAGUGCAAGAAGCUGGGUGUGACGUAUAUGCUUCCGACUCAGCCCAUGACGUUCCCGCAUACGCUCUCCAUCCGCAACACGCAGAAGCGCGAGCCAUCGCAAAACGGGAAGUAG